CGUAUUCCACGCGUGACGCGUCCCCCGACAACCGAUUCUUCCCCGUAUAUAGUUUCGUCAUCUUCUCCUCGCCGUCUCGGUCGACUUCAAACCUUUUCGCCCCUUUCUCUCCUCUGCGAUUAGGGUUUCCCUAAUCUGUUUCGUUACGCCUAGAUCUCGCCCUUCCUUCCGAUUAAAGGCUAUACGCUUCUCCGCCCUUCGCCCACCUGGAAAACAUGAUGCAGCAGCCGGGAGCUGGAGUCGCACCUCAGAUGGCUGCGUCGGAUCCGCAGUAUCAGCAGCAACAGUGGAUGAUGCAGCAACAGCAACAGCACCAUCCGGUUCCUCCUCCGGCCGGAUGGACUCCGCCACCUGUCCCGCCGCCGACUCAGUACGGUGUUCCCCAGCCCGCUGGUGCUGGUGCGGGGGCUGAUGAGAUCAAAUCGUUGUGGAUUGGGGAUCUGCAGCCGUGGAUGGACGAGACUUAUCUUAUUAGCACCUUUUCUGGCACUGGAGAGGUUGUUUCUACUAAGGUUAUCCGCAACAAGCAAACAAAUUUGCCUGAGGGAUAUGGCUUUAUAGAGUUUGUCAGUCAUGCAGCUGCCGAGAGGAUCUUGCAGACUUACAACGGGACCCCAAUGCCAAACUGUGAGCAGAGUUUCCGGAUGAAUUGGGCUACCCUGGGUGCUGGUGAGAGGCGUCAGGAUGAUGGUCCGGAAUAUACCAUUUUUGUUGGAGAUUUGGCAGCUGAUGUGAAUGAUUACCUGCUUCAAGAGACAUUUAAGAAUGUGUACUCCUCUGUGAAAGGGGCAAAAGUUGUCACUGAUAGGGCCACUGGACGUUCCAAGGGAUAUGGUUUUGUGAGGUUUGGUGAGGAGGGUGACCAAAUGCGGGCAAUGGUUGAGAUGAACGGCCAGUACUGCUCCAGUAGGCCCAUGCGGAUUGGCCCUGCUGCUUCAAAGAAACCUGUUGCCCAACAAUUUCAAACUGGUAUGUUACGUGAUAUGCAAAUGGCUUGAUUGGUUACUUUGCAAAGUUUUCCUUGUUGAUAAGUAUUCCUAUUUGAUUUUGAUUGUUUAUUUGUGGCAAUAUUACACUCUGCUUUCCUUGUUUUUUAGACUCGAUGUUGCACUGGAUGAAUGCUCAUGGGUUAUUCCUUUUAGAUUUGCCUUGAUAUUCUCGAAGUCUUCUCAAUUACCAGUCCUUACAGUUAUGCACUUGAGGAUAGAUGCAAUAUGAAAGUCAUUUCCUUCCAGUUGUAAGAUUGGGCGCAUUUAGCUUGGUUAAAACAUGCAAAAACUUAUAUGAAACUAUGUUGUCUUAAAGCAGGACACCGAGAGGCUCUCAUUUUCGGGGGCCUGGAACUGAUUUCAGCUGAAAUGAUUCCACUUAAAUGCGUGGCCUCAUUUUAGGUCAGUUGUUUUGAUUAUGUCCCUAAAUUAAUUAAUUUUCCCGUAGCAUUUUGCUACAUUCCCGAAUUACUUUCCAGCUCCUAAUUUGCCGAGAAUUUUAGGUCAAGGUUUAAGCUUACUCCUUUCCAAGCAUUGGUUUAUUCCCUUCGUGCAAUCUCCUUUCUUCUUCUCGUUGCUUCAGUUAUUUUACUUUCAUUUUGUCACCAGUUUUUUUUUUAAAUUUGCCUCGCAUCUUACUUAGAAGAGUGUGAGAAGUAUAUAUUUCCUGGUCACAAAUGUCCAAACCCAUGAAUUAAUAUUGGAGAUAGUUGAUGGUUUAUAUUUGGUACCAUUGCAGCUCAUGUUCUUGUUACUGCUUACUACAUGCUGAUAUAUCCUUUUGUGAGAGCAACAACAAAGCCUUUGCCCUUUAUUGUUAUGAUAGGAUCUACGUGUUUCGCAUCUUGCAAGAUCUUAGUGCCAUGAGUAUCCCUCAGCACUACUCCAUGCCAUGAGUUGUUUUUUCCCCAGCAUCCAAUUUAAUCCUUCCCAUUCUUGUUACUGAUGGCAUGUAUUGUUAGAGAGCUAAGGGAAGUAGGUUUAAUCAGUAAUUUUAUGUUUGAGAUUUGCAUUGUAUAGAAUUGGGCUACUGCAUCCAUGUGUUUUCUUCAUUCACCUUUUCUGCACUAUAAUUCACAGAAUGGUUGCCAUCAGUUGAGAUUCUGUCUUUGCAACAAUGAAGAAAGCUACCCAUGUUUAAACUGUAUGGCACAUGGGGGAAGAUAGAGAUUGGGCUAGGAAUAACCCCCAGAUGAUCCUUCCUACUCAAGCCAUCUCUUUUGAUGGCUUUAUACAUGGACUGAUUCUCGUUUUAGAGCAUUAUCUUCUUGGUUACAGAUUCCAUAAUGUUGCUAUGUGUAAAGAUUUGUUCCAAAUUGAUGGAUGUUGGCAAAAGCUACUUGCAAAGCUUAUAGUAUGCAUUUUAAGUGGUUUGUAUUGCCCUGUUGAUGUUACGGCUGUGGUUUUGUGUGGGGUCUUUCUAUCAGUUGUAGAAGUAUUUUAAUCUGACUGGGAAAUCAUGUUGGUGUGGUAGUCGUUACUAUCCAUUGAACUACCUUAUUCAGGUGAGGCCUUGGCCAGCUGUGUGUUUUUUCGGUAUACUAUGUUCAUGUGCGAGGUUUUUUUUUCCACUUUUCAGUUCUCUGUUGUUAAAUGUUGUCGUUUUCUCCAUAUGUUCUUGUAUUAUAGCUAAUCAUUCCCCCUGCUUUAUAUAUGAAGGUUGUGCUUUAAUGUGAAAUUGUAGUUGUAUGAUUGUUACCCUAGGUGCCUGAAUGCUAUCCCUUUGAGGUCAUCUAUUAGUUUACGUAUAUUUGCCAUUUGCAGCUACUUACCAGAAUGCUCAAGGGAGUCAGGGCGAGAUGGAUCCAAAUAACACUACUAUAUUUGUUGGUGCUCUGGAUCCCAGUGUAUCAGAUGAUGUUUUGAGAUCAGUAUUUGGUAAAUAUGGUGAGUUAGUCCAUGUGAAAAUUCCUCCUGGGAAGCGUUGUGGAUUUGUUCAGUUUGCUAAUAGAUCCUCUGCAGAGCAAGCACUACAGAUGUUGAAUGGAACUCAGUUAGCCGGACAGAGUAUCCGACUAUCUUGGGGACGUAGCCCGUCAAACAAGCAGGUUAAUAAAUGCCUUCAAUUCUUGCGUUUUACUUGAUUCAGUCAUUCCGCUGGCAUUAGUUGCAAUAAUAGUUAAUUUAAUAUGGUGCCUUGACAUACGAAUUAAAUACGGCUUUAGUAUGUGUCCUAAAGAAUGUUGAAAAUGAGAUGGUUCAGUAAUAGUAUGAUAGCUUAAGUUUUUUAUGCAUAAAUACGUACAUAUAUACAAGCAGUAGAAUGGUAUAAAUUGCAUUUUAACUAACCAUGGUUACAAUCAUUGAUAUUUCCCAGGCUCAACCAGAGCAGAACCAGUGGAACGGCGGUGGUGGAUAUUACGGAUAUGCUCAAGGAUAUGAUGCAGCAGCAGCUUAUGGUUAUGCAGCCGCUCCACAAGAUCCUAGCAUGUACUACGGAGGUUAUCCUGGCUAUGGAAACUACCAGCAGCCAGGAGCUUACCAACAGCCGGGACAGGUUUAUCAGCAGCCACAGCAGAGCAGAGAGGACCAGCUCGGGGGCUUUGCCGUGGCUAUGGAUGUGAGCGCCGAGUGCGACUCCUCCUCCACUGCCCGAGCACGGCGACGUCGACGGCCCGACCUGAGAGAGGCUGCUUCGUCUUCCUCUCGAGUCGACUCGAUCCUCACCCUCGCCGCUUGCCGCCAGGCACCGGUCUCCAGCUCUCCGCCAGGCACCCAGGCAAGCACUUGCCGGCCGCCGAGUCUCCUCCCGACGUCGACGCCACUGAAUUGUGAAAUGGCAGCAAUCUCGCCCUUCCUUCCGAUUAAAGGCUAUACGCUUCUCCGCCCUUCGCCCCACCUGGAAAACAUGAUGCAGCAGCCGGGAGCUGGAGUCGCACCUCAGAUGGCUGCGUCGGAUCCGCAGUAUCAGCAGCAACAGUGGAUGAUGCAGCAACAGCAACAGCACCAUCCGGUUCCUCCUCCGGCCGGAUGGACUCCGCCACCUGUCCCUCCGCCGACGCAGUACGGUCUUCCCCAGUCCGCUGGUGCGGGUGCGGGGGCUGACGAUAUCAAGUCGUUGUGGAUUGGGGAUUUGCAGCCAUGGAUGGACGAGACUUACCUUAUUAGCACCUUUUCUGGCACUGGAGAGGUUGUUUCUGCUAAGGUUAUCCGCAACAAGCAAACAAAUUUGCCUGAGGGAUAUGGCUUUAUAGAGUUUGUCAGUCAUGCAGCAGCCGAGAGGAUCUUGCAGACUUACAACGGGACCCCAAUGCCAAACUGUGAGCAGAGUUUCCGGAUGAAUUGGGCUACGCUGGGUGCUGGUGAGAGGCGUCAGGAUGAUGGUCCGGAAUAUACCAUUUUUGUUGGAGAUUUGGCAGCUGAUGUGAAUGAUUACCUGCUUCAGGAGACAUUUAAGAAUGUGUACUCCUCUGUGAAAGGGGCAAAAGUUGUCACUGAUAGGGCCACUGGACGUUCCAAGGGAUAUGGGUUUGUGAGGUUUGGUGAGGAGGGUGACCAAAUGCGGGCAAUGGUUGAGAUGAACGGCCAAUACUGCUCCAGUAGGCCCAUGCGGAUUGGCCCUGCUGCUUCAAAAAAACCUGUUGGCCAGCAAUUUCAAACUGCUACUUACCAGAAUGCUCAAGGGAGUCAGGGCGAGAAUGAUCCAAAUAACACUACUAUAUUUGUUGGUGCUCUGGAUCCCAGUGUAUCAGAUGAUGUUUUGAGAUCAGUAUUUGGUAAAUAUGGUGAGUUAGUCCAUGUGAAAAUUCCUCCUGGGAAGCGUUGUGGAUUUGUUCAGUUUGCUAAUAGAUCCUCUGCAGAGCAAGCACUACAGAUGUUGAAUGGAACUCAGUUAGCCGGACAGAGUAUCCGACUAUCUUGGGGACGUAGCCCGUCAAACAAGCAGGCCCAACCAGAGCAGAACCAGUGGAACGGCGGUGGUGGAUAUUACGGAUAUGCUCAAGGAUAUGAUGCAGCAGCAGCUUAUGGUUAUGCAGCCGCUCCACAAGAUCCUAGCAUGUACUAUGGAGGUUAUCCUGGCUAUGGAAACUACCAGCAGCAGCCAGGAGCUUACCAACAGCCGGGACAGGUUUAUCAGCAGCCACAGCAGGUGUAG